AUGCCUCACAGAGCAACUUACUUUUUUCCUAGGCAAUUUCCCGAGAAAAGAUUGGAUGAAUCUUCAAACAACAUUUUAGAUCACGAGAAGAAAAAACUCCCGGUCAAUUCAACUGAUGCAACUUUUUUCAUUGAAAAUGACAUUGUUACUUCUACAACUUCUGCUUCUCCGGCUAAAAACUCUGCUGUUUCUCAUCUUCUUAGUACCCGCGAUAAGGUCCGAUGCGAACAGAAGCAGAUUGCUGCGUUUUGUGAUUGGUUGGUUGAUAAACGACAUACUCAUCAUGCUCGUCACCAUCACCGCCGCCAUCAUCAUCAUCAUCAUCAUCACCGAUCGGAUCAAUGUCUACCUGAAGAUGAGCCUCUACUUCCGGAUUUGCAUGCGGAAAAGGAUGCUGUUGCUGUUGAGAGGGAGGUUUCGCUUCCGAGAUUGUCGAGUGGAAGCAGUUACGCUGCCAGUUUGUUUGCUUCCGAUGUUACCGUUACUGCUACAUUCUCCAGUGAUGAUAUUGCGAGAGAAGAUACUACGUCAUCGUUUCGUGUUUCGACCAAUGAAGCUACGAGAAGGAACGAACAGCAUCAACAAAAGGAGGAAGAGGAACAACGUGAUGAAGAAGAGAAAUGCGGCGAAGAGAACUAUGCUAACAAGUAUAAAGAAAACUAUGAACUGCAACAUGCUUUGGCGAAGAGGCUGUCUUUCUUAUCAAGCUUUGGUUCUGAACCGGUCCUCACUUUCGAUACUGGAUUAGAAACUUGGGACGUUGAAUCCGUUUCUCGUCGUUUAUGGGUGACAGGGUGUUUGUCUUACACGGACAAGAUUUCGGAUGGAUUUUAUAACAUAUUGGGGAUGAAUCCGUAUUUGUGGUUGAUGUGUAAUGAUAUGGAGGAAGAAGGGAAUUUCCUUCCUACAUUGAUGGCGCUUAGAGCGGUUGAACCCAAUGAGAGUUCAUUGGAAGUGAUUCUUAUUGAUAGACGAGAGGAUUCUCGUCUUAAGGUACUUCAAGAUAAAGCUCAAGAGCUGUAUUCUGCUUCUGAGAAUACCUUGAUGCUCGUUGAAAAGCUCGGGAAACUUGUUGCUAUCUUUAUGGGGGGCACCUUCCCUAUGGAGCAAGGGGAUAUGCAAAGGAGGUGGCAGAUGGUCAGUAAGAGGUUGAGGAAUUUUCAUCAGUGUGUUGUGCUUCCCAUUGGUAGUUUGUCUACGGGAAUCUGUAGGCAUCGAGCAAUUCUCUUCAAGAGAUUGGCAGAUUAUAUAGGUUUGGCAUGCCGCAUUGCUCGAGGUUGCAGGUACUGUGCAUCGGAUCAUCAGUCGUCUAUUCUUGUCAAGAUUAAAGAUGACAGACAACUGUCAAGGGAGUAUGUUGUUGACCUGGUUGGGGAACCAGGAAAUAUUCUUGGGCCAGAUUCAUCAAUUAAUGGAGCAUAUGUAUCUUCCACGCCUUCCCCAUUUCAAAUUUCUCAUUUGAGAAAAUCUCAAUCGCCCUAUGUUGAUGGUGCAGCAUCUCCUCAAGUUAUAGGUUUUAAUCAGAUUUCUCCCGACAAUCACCUGUAUUCAGGCCGUUUACAGGAAGAACAGCCAAGUAAAGAAACUGAUUUGCUGAAAAAUAAUAAUGGCUUCAUUUAUGCUUCAGUCGAUCAAACUUGUGGAGGUGCUUCUGAAGCUCUUCGCCCAGCCUCUGAAGCAUUAUUACACGAAAUUCCAUUUGUUGGUAAAGAUUCAGUCGUAGUCCAAGAAAUUUCUUAUAAUGAGAUCAUUGCAAAGGGAAGUUUGGUGGUAAAUGCCAUCCAGUCAAAGCAGCAACAGGUAGAAAGUAGACAGGGUGCCGGUGAUAUUCCAAAAUAUGUAAAUCUUGAACCAUCACUAGCAAUGGACUGGCUGGAGAUAUCAUGGGAUGAGCUACGGAUCAAAGAGCGCGUUGGUGCUGGAUCAUUUGGGACAGUGUACCGUGGUGAAUGGCAUGGAUCAGAUGUUGCUGUCAAAGUUUUAUCAGUUCAGAAUUUUCAUGAUGAUCAGUUGAAAGAGUUUUUGAGAGAGGUUGCAAUAAUGAAACGUGUUCGCCAUCCAAAUGUGGUUCUCUUCAUGGGAGCGGUUACAAAGCGCCCCCAUUUAUCUAUAGUGACAGAGUAUUUGCCUAGAGGUAGUUUAUUCCGCCUGAUACAUAGACCAGUGUCGAAUGAAAUUCAGGAUCCAAAGAGAAGAUUACGAAUGGCUAUAGAUGUGGCUAAAGGGAUCAAUUAUCUCCACUGUCUGAAGCCUGCAAUUGUGCACUGGGAUCUCAAAUCCCCAAACCUGUUAGUGGACAAAAAUUGGAAUGUAAAGGUGUGUGAUUUUGGGCUGUCUAGAUUUAAGGCGAACACUUUCUUGUCAUCAAAAUCUGUUGCAGGAACGCCUGAGUGGAUGGCUCCAGAAUUUCUUCGAGGAGAACCUACAAACGAGAAGUCUGAUGUAUACAGUUUUGGAGUUAUCCUGUGGGAACUCGUGACCUUACAACAGCCAUGGGAUGGACUUAGCCAUGCUCAGGUGGUUGGAGCUGUGGCAUUCCAGAAUAGGAGACCUUCUAUCCCUCCAAAUAUCUCUCCAGUGUUAGCCUCCCUAAUGGAAUCUUGUUGGGCGGAUAACCCUGCUGAUCGCCCAUCUUUUGCAAGCAUAGUUGAGACGCUAAAGAAGCUUCUAAAAUCACCUGCAGAUGCGAUAAAAAUGAGUCGAACGUUAGAAGCAUGCCGCCCAUCAUAA